CUUAGAAGGUUAUGCACUGGACUGACAACUUACUGUGCUGUCUGGCCUGUUAACUCCAUGGAGCUUAACUCCAGUCUCGCCACCUGUCAGUCACCCUCUGACCUGUCACAUUAUAACUUUCUCUGGCUCUCUAGAAGGAAUUUUGUAUCACUGUGCAAACUGCCCCAUAGUCAGUUGUGUCCAAUUGUGAAUAGUCUUAUGUGAUAGGCUCUUUCUCAUGUCAUUUUAUUAUGGAAUAACUCCUGUAUUUCAGGUCAACAUCUGAAUAACUGUAUGCUAAAGCUACUGUAAUUGUUAGAACAAUUCCCAUUGUUAGAUGAUUAACAUUUGUUUGGGCCAAAUAUGUAAAGUGUGACAUGGGCCAGGGCCAAUCAUUUCAGUGCGAAUUCCAUCAUCCCGACUAGUGGCAUGUACCCUUUCAACCUCUAUAUUCUCUACGGUUUAAAGAAACAGGAUUACCCCUGACUUAAUUAUCAAAGUGAUUAUAUAUGUACAGUAUUAUAGACUAUACACUACCGGUCAAAAGUUUUAGAACACCUACAGUUGAAGUCGGAAGUUUACAUACACCUUAGCCAAAUACAUUUAAACUCAGUUUUUCACAAUUCCUGACAUUUAAUCCUAGUAAAAAAUCCCUGUUUUAGGUCAGUUAGGAUCACCACUUUAUUUUUGUAAGGGGUGCGUACUGGCGGCAGAGAAGUUAGACGCAGGAGAGCAAAAACUGUGUUUCCAACGGCGCAGUUUAAUAAUAACAACCCACCGGAAAACAGAACAAUCAAUAAAUGGGUACAUAACCCGACGCACACCAGACAUAACGUGCACAAGCACUUACAAUAAACAAUUCCGGACAAAGACAUGGGGGAAACAGAGGGUUAAAUACACAACAUGUAAUUGAUGGAAUUGAAACCAGGUGUGAGGGAAGACAAGACCACACCAAUGGAAAAUGAAAGGUGGAUCGGCGAUGGCUAGAAGGCCGGUGACGUCGACCGCCGAACGGCGCCCGAACUAGGAGAGGGACCGACUUUGGUGGAAGUCGUGACAAUUUUAAGAAUGUGAAAUGUCAGAAUAAUAGUAGAGAGAAUUAUUUAUUUCAACUUUUAUUUCUUUCAUCACAUUCCCAGUGGGUCAGAAGUUUACAUACACUCAAUUAGUAUUUGGUAGCAUUGGCUUUAAAUUGUUUAACUUGGGUCAAACGUUUCGGGCAGCCUUCCACAAGCUUCCCACAAUAAGUUGGGUGAAUUUUGGCCCAUUCCUCCUGACAGAGCUGGUCUAACUGAGUCAGGUUUGUAGGCCUCCUUGCUCGCACACGCUUUUUCAGUUCUGCCCAUAAAAUUUCUAGAGGAUUGAGGUCAGGGCUUUGUGAUGACCACUCCAAUGCCUUGACUUUGUUGUCCUUAAGCCAUUUUGCCACAACUUUGGAAGUAUGGUUGGGGUCAUUGUCCAUUUGGAAGACCCAUUUGCGACCAAGCUUUAACUUCCUGACUGAUGUCUUGAGAUGUUGCUUCAAUAUAUCCACAUAAUUUCCCUUCUUCAUGAUGCCAUCUAUUUUGUGAAGUGCACCAGUCCCUCUUGCAGCAAAGCACCCCCACAACAUGAUGCUGCCACCCCCGUGCUUCGCGGUUGGGAUGGUGUUCAUCGGCUUGCAAGCUUCCCCCUUUUUCCUCCAAACAUAACGAUGGUCAUUAUGGCCAAACAGUUCUAUUUUUGUUUCAUCAGACCAGAGGACAUUUCUCCAAAAAGUAUGAUCUUUGUCCCCAUGUGCAGUUGCAAACCGUAGUCUGGAUAUUUUUUCCAAGCUGUUUAAAGGCACAGUCAACUUAGUGUAUGUAAACUAAGGCACAGUCAACUUAGUGUAUGUAAACUUCUGACUAACUGGAAUUGUGAUACAGUGAAUUAUAAGUGAAAUGAUCUGUCUGUAAACAAUUGUUGGAAAAAUUACUUGUGUCAUGCACAAAGUAGAUGUCCUAACCGACUUGCCAAAACUAUAGUUUGUUAACAAGAAAUUUGUGGAGUGGUUGAAAAACGAGUUUUAAUGACUAUGUAAACUUCCGACUUUAACUGUACUUAAUACGGAACAUUUCAAAAACGUUGAAAGUUUCUUCAAGUGCAGUCGCAAAAACCAUCAAGCGCUAUGAUGAAACUGGCUCUCAUGAGGACCGGCACAGGAAAGGAAGUCCCAGCGUUACCUCUGCUGCAGAGGAUAAGUUCAUUAGAGUUACCAGCCUCAGAAAUUGAAAGCAAAAAUAAAUGCUUCAUUCACAGAGUUCAAGUAACAGACACAUAUCAACAUCAACUCUUCAGAGGAGACUGCGUGAAUCAGGCCUUCAUGGUCAAAUUGCUGCAAAGAAAACACUACUAAAGGACACCAAUAAUAAGAAGAGACUUGCUUGGGCCAAGAAACACGAGCAAUGGACAUUAGACCGGUGGAAAUGUGUCCUUUGGUCUGGAUUCCAAAUUGGAUAUUUUUGGUUCCAACUGCCGUGUCUUUGUGAGACGUGGUGUGGGUGAACGGAUGAUCUCCGCACUUGGUGUGGAGGUGCUUUGCUGGUGACACUGUCUGUGAUUUAUUUAGAAUUCAAGGCACACUUAACCAGCAUGGCUACCACAGCAUUCUGCAGUGAUAUGCCAGCCCAUCUGGUUUUGGCUUAUUGGGACUAUCAUUUGUUUUUCAACAGGACAAUGACCCAACACACCUCCAAGCUGUGUAAGGGAUAUUUAACCAAGAAGGAGAGUGAUGGAGUGCUGCAUAAGAUAACCUGGCCUCAACCAAAUUGAGUUGGUUUGGGAUGAGUCGGACCACAGAGUGAAGGAAAAGCAGCCAACAAGUGCUCAACAUAUGUGGGAACUCCUUGAAGACUGUUGGAAAAGCAUUCCAGGUGAAGCUGGUUGAGAGAAUGCCAAGAAUGUGCAAAGCUGUCAUCAAGGCAAAGGGUGGCUAUUUGAAGAAUCUCAAAUAUAAAAUAUGUAUUAUUUCAUAGUUUUGAUGUCAUCACUAUUAGAAAAUAGUAAAAAAAAAAAAUCCUUUGAAUAAGUAGGUGUUCUAAAGCUUUUGACCGGUAGUGUACAGUCGUGGCCAAAAGUCUGCUGCCUCAGUUUGUAUGAUGGCAAUUUGCAUAUACUCCAGAAUGUUAUGAAGAGUGAUGAGAUGAAUUGCAAUUAUCUAAAAAAACACAUUUCCACUGCAUUUAAGCCCUGCCACAAAAGGAUCAGCUGACAUCAUGUCAGUGAUUCUCUCGUUGCCACAGGUGUGAGUGUUGACGAGGACAAGGCUGGAGGUCACUCCGUCAUGCUGAUUGAGUUCGAAUAACAGACUGGAAGCUUCAAAAGGUGCUUGGAAUCAUUGUUCUUCCUCUGUCAACCAUGGUUACCUGCAAGGAAACAUCAUUGCUUUGCACAAAAAGGGCUUCACAGGAGAGCGAACUUCAAGGACUUCAAGGAGAGCGGUUCAAUUGUUGUGAAGAAGGCUUCAGGGCACCCAAGAAAGUCCAGCAAGCGCCAGGACCGUCUCCUAAAGUUGAUUCAGCUGUGGGUUCGGGGCACCACCAGUGCAGAGCUUGCUCAGGAAUGGCAGCAGGCAGGUGUGAGUGCAUCUGCACGCACAGUGAGGAGAAGACUUUUGGAGGAUGGCCUGGUGUCAAGAAGGGCAGCAAAGAAGCCACUUCUCUCCAGGAAAAACAUUAGGGACAGACUGAUAUUCUGCAAAAGGUACAGGGAUUGGACUGCUGAGGACUGGGGUAAAGUCAUUUUCUCUGAUGAAUCCCCUUUCCGAUUGUUUGGGGCAUCCGGAAAAAAACUUGUCCAGAGAAGACAAGGUGAGCGCUACCAUCAGUCCUGUGUCAUGCCAACAGUAAAGCAUCCUGAGACCAUUCAUGUGUGGGGUUGCUUCUCAGCCAAGGGAGUGGGCUCACUCACAAUUUUGCCUAAGAACACAGCCACGAAUAAAGAAUGGUACCAACAUAGCCUCCCGGGUGGCCGCAGUGGUCUAGGGCACUGCAUCGCAGCGCAAGCUGCGCCCCCAGAGUCUCUGGGUUCGCGCCCAGGCUCUGUCGCAGCCGGCCGCGACCGGGAGGUCUGUGGGGCGAUGCACAAUUGGCCUAGCGUCGUCAGGGUUAGGGUGGGUUUGGCCGGUAAGGAUAUCCUUGUCUCAUCGUGCUCCAGCGACUCCUGUGGUGGGCCGGGCACAGUGUGCGCUAACCGAGGGGGCCAGGUGCACGGUGUUUCCUCCGACACAUUGGUGCGGCUGGCUUCCUGGUUGGAGGCGCGCUGUGUUAAGAAGCAGUGCGGCUUGGUUGGGUUGUGCUUCGGAGGACGCAUGGCUCUCGACCUUCGUCUCUCCCGAGCCCGUACGGGAGUUGUAGCGAUGAGACAAUAUAGUAAUUACUAGCAAUUGGAUACCACGAAAAUUGGGGAGAAAAGGGGGUAAAAUUAAAAAAAAAAGAAUGGUACCAACACAUCCUCCGAGAGCAACUUCUCCCAACCAUCCAGGAACAGUUUGGUGACGAACAAUGCCUUUUCCAGCAUGAUGGAGCACCUUGCCAUAAGGCAAAAGUGUUAGGCAAAAGUGAUAAUUAAGUGGCUUGGGGAACAAAACAUCAAUAUUUUGGGUCCAUGGCCAGGAAACUCCCCAGACCUUAAUCCCAUUGAGAACUUGUGGUCAAUCCUCAAGAGGCGGGUGGACAAACAAAACCCCACAAAUUCUGACAAACUCCAAGCAUUGAUUAUGCAAGAAUGGGCUGCCAUCAGUCAGGAUGUGGUCCAGAAGUUAAUUGACAGCAUGCCAGGGCAGAUUGCAGAGGUCUUGAAAAAGAAGUGUCAACACUGCAAAUAUUGACUCUUUGCAUCAACUUCAUGUAAUUGUCAAUAAAAGCCUUUGACACUUAUGAAAUGCUUGUAUUUUAACUUCAGUUUUCCGUAGUAACAUCUGACAAAAAUAUCUAAAGACACUGAAGCAGCAAACUGUGGAAAUUAAUAUUUGUGUCAUUCUCAAAACCUUUGGCCACUACUGUAUAUACAGUAGUCAAGCGAAAGGAGGGGGAUUCCCAUAUAAUUACAUAUAUACUGUAACUAUUUUAAAUUGUAAUUCAUAGGAUCUCUGUGGGGAUUCCUCCGACUUGAUAAAAACUUGUUUAGAACAAGAGGAGGCCAGUGACUAAAUAUAGCAGCUGCUAACACAGUGUACCAGCCAGGACCAGCACAACACAGUGUACCAGCCAGGACCAGCACAACACAGUGUUUAUUUUUAUAAUGGUUUAUUUAAUCCAUUACGUGGCGGUAUUACUGCAGUUAAGAAAUAACCUGGAUAAGCAAAAUUGAGCCACAACAACACAUAAUAGAUUGGAGGAGGCUGAAAUGGGAAAGAACAUUCUCUUCAUCUGUAUUCAAAUGAGCGUCCAAUAUUAUCAUAAGACAACAGGAUCAAAACAGUAAUUGAAAAAAGUAGCUUUAUCUUAUGAAAAUUAUUACAGUAAGGAAAUACACUGAAUAGUAAUUGUAUUUAAUGAUACUUGACUCGUUGACCCCCUCACGCACGCACGCGAGCGCGUGCACACACACACACAGCUUUGUUGUAGGUCCAUGGUAAGUUAAAAUAAGGAAGUCUGGACAGGUCAGAUCAAUCAGGAGAGGAUAGUGACCUGGAAUGCCCCUCUCUCACACACCUAUUAGUCAGAGGCUGACACUUUCAACUUUCACUGACCCUGUGUGUGUCCAUGUGUGUGUGAGAGAGCGAGUUAGUGUGUGUGCAUGUGUUAGUGUGUGUGUGAGAGUUUGUGUAUGUCCAUGUGUGUGACAGCAAAAAAGCUUAGGUAGUCAGACAUUUCCCAGAAAGCCCCUCUCUGGAGGGACACUGAUUUUCGUCAGGGAUGUCAGGGAAUGAAAAGGGAUCCUGGGAAGUUUAAAAUUCCUAUCACCUUGACUGGAGUAGUUUAACACAUAUUCCUGUGAGGGCCCUUGCAAUUGGUGAGAGACAACUUGUUCUGGCGCCUCUACAAUCAGGUGUAAAUUGUGAUCAAGGAUCACCACCCGAGGGAAUUAGUCUUUGUUAAGUCUGGAUUUGUGGGACUUUACAUCACACGACUUAGAACACCUAAUCUCAGAUAUUCCACUCUCUGUGUCUCAGUCUGUGCACCCUUUCGUUGCCGUCAGAGUGGUGUGGGGGUUCUUACCACCUCCAAGAGUGAGAGCCUGUGUGGUUGUUGUCGUUCUAUAUCUAUGAUGCAGCUGUCAGCCUCUCUCCCCAACGCUUCGUCCUACCUGGGACCGUCCCCCGAGGGCGAGGCGCUCCUGCCCCGAGCCGGCUUCAUCACCCUCUCCAUCGUCAUGGCUAUGUUCACCGUACCGGCCAUCGUGUUGAACUCCACGGUGAUCGUGGUGUCGCUGAUGAACAAGCAGCUUAGGCAACCUCUGAACUACGCUCUGGUCAACAUGGCCGUAGCUGACCUGGGGACAGCGCUGACUGGUGGGGUUCUGUCUGUGGUCAACAACGCUCUGGGGUACUUCUCUCUGGGACGGACCGGCUGUAUCAUAGAGGGAUUCUCUGUGGCUCUGUUUGGUAUCACGUCACUGUGCACGGUAGCUCUGAUUGCCAUAGAGAGGAUGUUUGUGGUGAGCAAGCCGCUAGGACCAAUCUCUUUCCAGACAAAGCAUGCGGUUGGGGGUGUGGCCUUGUCAUGGGUUUGGUCUCUCAUCUGGAACACCCCGCCCCUAUUCGGCUGGGGAAGGUACGAGCUGGAGGGUGUGGGGACGUCGUGUGCCCCGGACUGGCACAACCGGGACCCCAAUAAUGUGUCAUAUAUCCUGUGCUACUUCCUGCUGUGUUUCGCCGUGCCCUUCCUCAUCAUCAUGGCCUCUUACUCUAAACUCAUUUACACCUUAAGACAGGUCUCAGCAAUGGGUUGUAUAGAAGGGGGUGCAGCAGCCAAGGCGGAGGCUAAGGUGGCCCGCAUGGUGGUUCUGAUGGUGGUUACUUUCCUGAUCAGCUGGCUGCCCUAUGCUACCCUGGCCCUCGUGGUGGUCUCCCACCCUGAUGCCCACAUCAGCCCUCUGCUGGGCACCGUGCCAGUCUACCUGGCCAAGAGCAGCACCGUGUACAACCCUCUCAUCUACCUCUAUAUGAACAAACAGUUCCGGAGAUAUGCAGUGCCCUUCCUGCUCUGUGGGAGGGACCCAUGGCCAUCUGAGGAGGAGGGGUCAGAGAUGCAGACCACUGUGGCAACCAUCAACAACAGAGUCUCCCCCAGUUGAUCCAUACAGGCAUUUAGAUAAAUCCACUGAUGGCACCAGCAGCACCAAUAAAGUGUCACUCAUAUUCUAUGCCUUUUUUAAUACAUUCAUUAAAUAUACCUCUUAGUUUGUAAGAA